UGAUAUGAAGAUAAUGAACUAAAAUAAAGUUAUAAUGUGAAUACUAUGCAUCUGUGAAAUAAUUUUUUUUUAAACGUUCUAGUUUGGAACAAAUUUAUUCUGUUGUUGAGAGAGUAAGAUCGAGAAAGCCUAACCAUGGGGUUGGAAUCGGUGGGAGAUUUAGCCAUUAACGCAAUACUAAGGAAGUUAGAAGCCGCAGACAUUGCCAGUGUUGCCUGUGCCAGCAAAAGGCUUAGGUCUUUUGCAUCCGAUGACACUCUUUGGAUCAAUCUCUGCUUCAAUGAACUCGCUUUGACCCGACCCAUCGAUCAUCUUGGAAACCCUUUCCCUUCUUUCAAGGAAUGUUAUCAAGAAUGGAGAAAAGCUUUUGGAAUGUAUCCUUGGUCUCUUGUUAUGCGUGUGAAAAGGUGCUGGGAUAGGAUAAAAACCUGGUUGACCAAUAAUUUUCCUGAAGCUGAGGCUACACUUGGUAAAGGGGCAACUGAAGCUGAUAUUCAGAUGUUGGAGAAUUUGUUAAAGGUGGACUUGCCACUUCCUACGAGGAUCCUUUAUCGCUUCCAUAAUGGGCAAGAAAUCGUAAAAGCAAAUCUAGAAACUAGUACAUUUGGUAGUUCUUUGGGUCUAAUUGGGGGUUACUCCUUCUAUAAUCAUCUGGUGAAUGUUUACCUAUUGCCUAUACAUCAGAUAAUCCAAGAAACUCAGCAGAUUAGGCGUCACUUGAGCUUUUUAAGAACAUCCAAGUUUGUUCUUGUGGCUGCUUCCUCCACACUCCGUAGAAAAUUGUUUUUCCUCAAUUGUUCCAACGGUCAACUAUAUGUUGAAACCAAUAAACUUCGUUCUGAAAAAGACAUAAUCCCUUGUGUACCUCAAGAUCUGAUAAGUUUACAUCAGGAAUCGAAUGGUGAAGAGCAACAAGAUGCCAUGCUACUGUGGUUAGAAGAACAUGGUCGCCGUUUAGAACAUGGCUUCAUCAAACUUUGUGAAAAUGAAUAUGGCCGAAGCAUUAAUCUUUUCCCAGAAGAACCCCCUUUUUGUUCAACAGCUGUUACUAAUGGUGUGAAGGUUCGCUCGUCUGCAUUGAUUAUCCCUGAGUUUGUUGAUCCUCAAGAUGACAGUGAAAAGUACUUAUUUGCUUAUUCGAUCCGCUUGUCCCUUGAACCGCAAGGAUGUUUGAUUAAUGGAAUGUCCUUCAACUCUUGUCAACUCCAUUGGAGGCGCUGGAUCAUCCGUGCUAAUGAUGAUGUUGUAUCGGAUUUCAAUGGAGAAGCUGUUAUAGGACAGUAUCCACUUUUGCAUCCUGGGGGACAAGAAUUUGUUUAUCAGAGUUGCACUCCUCUACCAACGCCGUCAGGUUCCAUUGAAGGCUCUUUUACAUUUAUACCUGGCAGCUUGGCAUACCCAAAAGGAGACCCUUUUCUAGCUACAGUGGCACAAUUCCCUCUCCAGCUGCCAGACUACAUUUUCUGAUUUUUGAUUCUGAAUAGGAAUGAAGCAUCUCUGAUGGCAAUUGCAGCUACCGUUUGUGCACAAUUUGUCACUCUAGUGAGUGGCUUGGUUGUUGAGUUUUUAUUCUUCUAAGUUGGACUUGCACUAUUUCCCUAUAUAUAUAACCUAUCUCUAUUUAAAUCUUAGUGUAGUUAUAUUGGAUUUCUUGCGUUAUUGACUUUAUCA